AUGCCUCCCAAGGCUGCUACUAAGAAGGCCGCUGCGCCCAAGGCCAGCGCGCCCAAGAAGGCUGCCGCAGCUUCUACUGCGACCAAGAAGGCCGAUGCCCCCAAGAAGACCGCGAAGCCUGCUGCGAAGAACGCCACCAACGGCGCGACUGCCUCCAAGAAGCGCAAGCUUGCUGAGGAAGACGAAGAGCCCGAGGAGGAGUCCGUCGACGAGUCUGCCGACGAUAGCAAGCUGAGCAACACCAAGACCACCAAGAAGGCCGCUGAGCCCAAGAAGACCAAGGCUGCGCCCGCAAAGAAGGGUAAGGCCGCCGAAGCUGCCACUGACGACGAGUCAAAGGCGAAGAAGCCUGCCAAGAAGGCUGCUGCAAAGAAGGAAGACACCAAGAAGCCCGCUGCUGCCAAGGCCGGUCCCGCCAGCAAGAAGCGCAAGGUCAGCGACGAGGAGACGGAGGACGAGAAGCCCCAGGGCAAGAAGGCUAAGAAGGCCGACUCCGCCGAGGUCGACAGCCAGGCCACUGAGUCCGCCAAAGCCACCGAGUCUGCUGAUGAGGAGCCCGAGGCUGUCAAGCCCGCGAAGGCCACCAAGAAGACAGCCACCGCUGCCCCCAAGCCUCCUCCUGCCCACCCGCACAAGAUUGGCAAGAAGAUCAACUCUGCUCCUACCCAGAUCCUCGAUGUUUACGUCUUUGGUGAGGGUAGCUCCGGCGAGCUUGGUCUCGGCAGCAAGCACAAGCCCAAGAAGGUUACCGAUGUCAAGCGCCCCAGAUUGAACCCCUUCCUGGACGCCAAGGAGGUCGGUGUUGUUCAGAUUGCUUGCGGUGGCAUGCACGCUGCUGCCCUGACCAAGGACAACAAGAUCCUCACAUGGGGUGUCAACGACCAGGGUGCCCUCGGCCGCGAUACCACCUGGGACGGUGGCCUCCGCGAUGCUGAUGCUGAGGAGGAAGAGGAUGAUGACGAGGACAGCGGCAUGAACCCUAAGGAAAGUACGCCCACUGCUAUCGAUGCCGUUCACUUCGCUCCCGAUGCCAAGUUCACUCAGGUCGUUGCCAGCGACAGCGCCACUUUUGCUCUUACUGAGGAUGGUAGAGUCUACGGUUGGGGCACAUUUAGAUCGAGCGAUGGUAUCUUGGGAUUCACCGAAAAGAUCAAGAUUCAGAUGACACCCGUUUUCCUGCCGACCCUGAAGAACAUCACAGCACUCGCUGCCGGUUCCAACCACAUCCUUGCUCUGGACAACAAGGGUCUUGUUCAGGCAUGGGGCUGCGGCCAGCAGAACCAGCUUGGCCGACGAAUCAUUGAGCGCAACAAGCUGUCUUCGCUUGUUCCCCAGAGCAUGGGUCUUCCCAAGAACCGUGUCAACCGUAUCGCUUGCGGAUCCUACCACAGCUUUGCCAUGGACAAGGAUGGUGUCGUCUGGGCCUGGGGUCUGAACAACUUCGCCGAGACUGGAAUUGCCAGCGGUGCCGGUGAAGAUGAUGCCGUCAUUCUCCGCCCGACCAUUGUCGAGUCCCUUAAGGACUACAAGGUCAAGCAGAUUGCUGGUGGUGAGCACCACUCUCUCGCUUGCACGGAGGACGGCAAGCUUCUCACAUGGGGUCGUCUCGACGGCCACCAGGUCGGUAUUCCCGUCGAGGAGCUUGACGCGGAGAGCGUUAUCAAGGAUGAGAGCCAGAACCCUCGUAUCCUUUCCAAGCCUACUGUUGUUGAGGACGUUGCCAAAUGUGUGUUCGUUGCCGCAGGAGUCGACAGCAACAUCGUCAUCGACGCCAAGGGCGUUGCGCACUCGUGGGGCUUUUCUGCCAACUACCAGACCGGCCAGGGAACUACCGAUGACGUCGAGACCCCUACCACCAUCGACAACACUGCCGUUCGCGACAAGAAGCUCGUCUUUGCCGGCGCUGGCGGCCAGUACUCCAUCCUCGGCGGUGUCGCCGAUGUUCCCCAAGCCAAUGGCUUUGCCGCGACUGUUAACGGCCAGCCUGCUGCUGGUGGAUUCAGACCCGUUUUUUAA